GAUCCACUGGCCUGGGCACGACGUCGCCGAGACAGCAUCCGGCGGGCAGAGGUGGUGCGCACGGACCUGCGCCAUGGCCACUUGACUGAAGAGCACACCUUCAAGCCCAAGACGAUGGCACCCAUCGAGGGCUACCAGGUGCCAUGGGCAGCCAGUACUCAGUCUCCAAGAGAAAAAAGAAAGGAGUCCUGUGCGCCCUGUACCAUCACCCGCGGUGACAGCUGUCCCGUCUUGGUACGGCCCCCGUCGGCCGCGGAUAGUCUGGCUGCCAAAGCGUUGACCCUGCUGUAUGAGGCUGAAGAUCGAAGCCCGGAAUGUGUCGAGGACAAAGACUUCACUCCCACAGAGGGACGGAUGCCAUGGCACCCCGAAGAUGUACCAGAGCUGGAGGAGCGCCUGCCCACAAUUCCCGAAACGACCUCCUCACGUCCGGUCUCCCUCUCGCGGCCACGCUCGCGGUCGAAGAAGGUCCCCAACAGUAACAGCGCAAGGCGACAAACCCUGGUGCUCCGGUGGCCCGACGAGGAGGGCCUACCAAGGCCCACCAAGCCGAGUCCCAGUCCGGUGUCCACACGCUUCAGCUGGCAAGAAAUGGCUCCUGACGCUGAAGAGAACGAACAAGCGUGA